AUGAUUUGUGACUCAUACUUCACUAUUCCAAUUACUAGUAACAAGUGUAGAUUAUUAGUAGAGCAAUUUUUUGCCAAAAUAUAAAUCAGGGAUUUAAUUUUGUAUCUUUAUUUUAUACAACAUGUCAUACCAACAAUGCGGAAUGCCCGAUCAGACGUUUCUUUGGGACGUAUUUCAAAGGGUCGAUAAAGACAGGAGUGGACAUAUCUCUGCAGAUGAACUACAGGUUGCUCUCUCCAAUGGCACAUGGUCAGCUUUUAAUCCGGAAACAGUUCGGCUUAUGAUCGGAAUGUUUGAUCGCCAAAACAGGGGAACCGUAUCUUUCGAGGAUUUCGGAGCACUAUGGAAAUAUGUAACUGAUUGGCAAAAUUGUUUUCGCUCGUUCGACCGGGACAAUUCCGGCAACAUUGACAAGCAAGAACUUAAAACUGCUCUAACUUCCUUCGGCUAUCGUCUAUCUGACAAUCUUAUUGAAAUAUUGCUCCGUAAAUUCGAUCGCUUUGGCAGAGGAACAAUCCUUUUCGAUGAUUUCAUCCAAUGCUGUAUUGUUCUAUAUACUUUGACUACAGCCUUCAAGCAACAUGACACCGACAUGGAUGGCGUCAUAACAAUCCACUACGAACAGUUUUUAAGCAUGGUUUUUUCACUUAAGAUUUAAUAAUCAAAUGUCAAAUUUAUACUAUACAAAAUGUAACUUUAUAUGUAUACAAAUAUGUAAAUAGCCUGGAUGAUCUACUUUUUAAAGAGCCAAUAUUUGUGAACUUGUUAUCCCAUCAAACUAUAAAUUUAAAUAAUUACUAUCGUAAGCAACCUUGUUAGACAUUUAAGCUUAUAUGUAUGUAUUAUAUUUGAUAUAAUACUAAAAUUAAAAAUCUUUAUUUCUUUAUGUAAACUUAAAAACUCAGCAUUGUUAUUAAAAUUUUUUGAAAUUA